CCUGAAAAUUUCAGAUCGAUCGGAGCACUUUUCAAACCCGGGGAUAUUUAGCGGCCAUCCCCGGGUUUUGCGUUUUCAUUUUUUAGCCGCCUGAUAUAGGUAAAGUGUGUUGAAACCCGGGUAAGAUGAACGAGUUUGAUUUUCAAAUUUUGCACAGCAUCAUCAUUAUGGCCAAGGAUCAUGGGAUAAUUUUUUCGAAGACAGGGGGGGGGAUGGUGACGAUCCGUUCCCCCCCCCCCCCAAAUAAAUUCGGCUUUAGCUCGGAACCCGCCAUCGGCUGCACGAUGGAUGCAAUCACGCUUGUGGCCUAUACCUUCGAGGUUGGCUCCUCCCUUCUUGAGCGGUGCGGGCUGGUGAAGCAGUGCCAUACCGAGUCCGGUCGCAUCGCAGUCCGCGCCGCCCGCGUGUUGGGUGCCCUCCAGAGAGCCUCGGAUGCGUUCUCCUGCAGAAUGGAGUUCGAGGCAAGCCUGAGGGAGCUCAAGAGGGUGCUGGAGGAGGCGCGCGAUCUCGUCUCCCGCUGCCAGAUGGCGAGAGGUGUCGGCGCGAAAAUCGGUGCUCUGAUGGGAGCCAACUCUCUGAAAGCGGGGUUGGUGCGAGUGGAAGGCGACCUGGACCGCGUGGCGGCGGAUCUCCAAAUUCCGAUGUUGACGGAUAUACGAAGAGCUGUGCAGUGCAUCAACGAGAGGGAGAGCGACGCGGCCGCCAGCCCUUCCGGUAUAGACGCCGAGAUGCUCGAGCAAGCCGUGCGCGACGCGAUCCGCAAGGAGCUCUGCAACGCCAGCCAGGGCCGAGCGGUUGAUGACAUAAUCAAAGACAACCUUUCCAAGCUUUACGAGGCGGAAGCGGCAGUAGCGGCGGACCAGCAGGGGUAUUCCUCUCCACCUGGCGGAGCGGGAGGGAGUCCUGUGCUCUGCUCCGGACACGGAGAGGAGUGUGCACUCCGCACGACAAAGAAAGAGGUACGCGCAAAGAAUGGGCGGUCCAUCAAUACGGCGGAACUUCGCUGCUUUCUUCCCUUCUUCGCGGCAAGUCAUUAG